AUGUUUUGUAGUUUUUCUGUGUAUUUGUUUGGCAAUUUGUCCGAGCAGCAGCCGUUGUUAUCAGCCACACAGCUGCUACCAGCGAGCGGCUCGCUCCUCAAUAACACACGGCGUCUACAAUAAAUACUGUCCAUUUGUCAUCGGACGUUCGUAGCGGACACACGGACUGGCGCACAAAAUUAUUUGUUACCUCAGCGCGCGCGUAUAUAUUAUAAUUUAUAAAUAGCAAAUUUUAUUAAUAUGGCACAUCUGUUAAAAGGCUUGGCCCAGCCAGAAAUUACAGAGUCCGUCGUUCCAUACGGCAAGUUGGAUGCAACGGUUCAGGAACUUCUAAGUGCUGCAUAUGUGGUGCGCCAGCGCGCCUAUGCUCCGUACAGCAAUUUCAAGGUAGGCUCCGCUUUCCGUACGAAGAUCAGCAAUCAAAUCUUCACUGGCUGUAAUGUGGAGAAUGCCGCCUUUACGCCAACAGCGUGUGCUGAGCGUACGGCCCUCACCAAGGCCAUCAGUGAAGGCUAUCAGCAGUUCUCGACCGGCGCUGUGGUCGCCUAUAAGCCCGAAGUGUUCAUCUCACCAUGCGGCGUCUGUCGACAGUUUAUCAGGGAGUUUGCUGGCAACACUGAUAUACCCAUCUAUAUAGCACAGGCAUUAGAUGAGCGAUCGCCCGAGGAGCCGUUCAACAGCGAUGAUCCCGUGCUUUGCACAUCCAUUUUCAAUCUGUUGCCAAAGAGUUUCCACACCUACUGAAAGAUCUAGAUACAU